GCCAGUUCUAGCACGGACCCGGAACAUUUAGAAUCUUCUUUAACCGCGCCCACUUUACGUGCACCGUGCGCAAGCACAGUGGCCUUGGUAUCUUUAUUGUGUACACAUCUUGAUACUAACUAGGCGCGUUAAAUUUUACGUGCUUUACUUGGAAGUAUUAAGAGUUAAAAUUAAAUAUCUUUCUUAAAUACUUUUUAAAGAAUUUGUUUUGGGUCCGUCCUAGAGAACGAUUUUGGACCCUUCGUUUUAAACAUGCAUUCCAUUAAAACUGAUUAGGUAUGUUCUUCUAGACUGAUCAUACGGGUGAUAAGAUCACUAUGUUUCCCCGGAGACAUCGGAGUUUAAUCUUCAAGCUCCUGGUCGGGAUACCGGUCGUUUGGAUCCUGGCUCUCAUGUUCUUCUACUCAGAGAACAAGACGGAGAACUCCGUCCCGGCUGUGAACAAACCCGCUGCGCUAGUGCAGGACGGAGUUAACAUCGGAGAAACUCCGUUGACGGAGAUCGCUGUCGUAAGCGAGGAGACUAGAAAGGAGAAACAUGUUGAUGUUGGAGUUCUAGUUGCUCCCCAUGAUCCGGAGGGACCUGGAGAAAUGGGGAAACCAGUGAAAAUUGAUAAACCGGAGAAAGAUAUAAAAAAGAAAAUCGAUGAUGGUUGGCGAGAUAAUGCAUUUAAUCAGUAUGUCAGUGAUCUUAUAUCUGUACAUCGAACCCUUCCUGAUCCCAGGGAUGAUUGGUGCAAGGAGAAAGAUAGAUUUCUCUCCGAUCUUCCUAAAACCAGUGUUGUUGUGUGUUUUCACAACGAGGCCUGGUCUGUUCUUCUACGAACCGUUCAUUCAAUUCUAAAUCGAUCUCCUAAGCAUUUAAUCGACGAAAUUAUCCUUGUCGACGACGCAUCGACGAUGGAUCAUCUGAAGGAUGAGUUGGAGAAGUAUGUGGAUCAGUAUCCACAAGUGAAGAUUGUCCGAGCCCCAGAACGUGUUGGAUUAAUCAGAGCUAGACUUUUAGGAGCUAAAUAUGUGAAGGCUCCGGUUGUAACCUUCCUUGAUUCCCACUGCGAGUGCACAGAAGGCUGGUUAGAGCCGCUGCUCGACAGGAUAGCUAGAAAUUCGACCAAUGUCGUCUGCCCUGUCAUCGAUGUGAUAAACGACGACACUCUGGAGUAUCAUUACAGAGACUCCGGUGGAGUAAAUGUCGGAGGUUUCGACUGGAACCUUCAAUUUAACUGGCAUGCUGUUCCAGAACAUGAAAAGAAAAGACAUUCCAACACCGCGGAAGCGGUUAGAAGUCCGACCAUGGCCGGCGGACUUUUUUCUAUCGACAUGAAGUUUUUUGAAACCCUGGGAACUUAUGAUUCUGGGUUUGAUAUCUGGGGAGGAGAAAACCUGGAGUUAUCUUUUAAAACCUGGAUGUGCGGCGGUACUCUAGAGAUUGUUCCUUGUUCUCACGUCGGACAUAUUUUCAGAAAAAGGUCCCCGUACAAGUGGAGGUCGGGUGUCAACGUACUCCGACGAAACUCUAUUCGUCUGGCCGAAGUUUGGUUGGACGAUUUUAAAAAGUAUUAUUAUGAUAGAAUCGGCCAUGACCUAGGGGAUUAUGGUGACGUGUCAAGUCGGAGGAAGCUGAGAACAGACCUCCAGUGUAAAUCCUUUAAAUGGUACUUAGACAACAUCUACCCGGAGUUGUUUAUACCCGGAGAAGCUGUUGCGUCCGGAGAAAUUAAAAACCCUUGGUCCAACCAGUGUGUAGAUUCAGCGGCCAAACGUGAGGAUAUGCACAAAGCCGUCGGACUAUGGCCGUGUCACAAUCAGGGCGGAAACCAGUAUUGGAUGCUGUCGAAAACCGGAGAAAUUCGGCGGGACGAAUCCUGUCUUGACUACGCCGGGACGGACGUUAUUUUGUAUCCUUGUCACGGUUCGAAAGGGAACCAGUUCUGGGUUUAUGAUCAUGAUACAGAGACACUGAGACACGGAAGUUCUCGUAGAUGUCUCGCAAUUAAUAAAUCCAAGGAUAAGCUCCACAUGGAGGAUUGCUCAGAAGAUCAUGAGAGACAAAGAUGGAGAUUCCAGAACUUCGAUCCAUCCAAACAAAACUAGAGAUCCUACAAAGUGAAUAAAGUAAGAUUGUAGAUUUUUGCCGACUUUGUCAACAUAUUGAUCGAUUGACACCAAGUAGUAAAUUGAUAGGAACAAAUUGAUUUUUAAAUAACCACCCUAAUUAUACAUAUUUUAAUUGUUUGUUAAGCAGUGACGCCUACAUAUAUGCUGAGAAAUUUCUAUCCUUACAUACUAUUUAAUCCUACGUCCAUGUUCCUCCAGCUUUCCUAUUCACAGCUGGAAAUAGUUGAGAAAGUCCUGUUGACUUCUCAUUUAUUCACAUUAUCUGAACCUAAGCCUGUCAACUAGAAAAGUUUAAUUCUAAUCUUUUAAAAAGUUCAAACCCCAAACCUUGUAAUACCAGAAAGUGAUAAAAGAAUCACUGUUUUCACAUUUUAUUUUUCCUAUCUUUUACUGAUAAAUUCCCGCAUUUUAUUUGUCCUGCAACUUUUUAGUUUUCAGUGACCUAAGUGCCAUAGUUACAGCUUUUACACAAAAAAGUAUCAAACCAGGGGCGGGGUGUAUACAAAGGGACCUUUUUUGACAUCGGGGGGGGGGGGGGGGCUAAGUCCCACUUCCCCUUUGUAUACGACCCCGAAGCCCUGUUUUUCUUGCCUUCAACUGGUCACCCAUUAUAAAUGUAAAAUACUAUUUGUUUUAAUGAUCACAUAUCGGCGUCUCUAAUAUAAAAAUGUGAUAUAUAUAAUUUAAAAUAUGCCUCACUUCUAAUUGAAUUUAAGGCUCCUUUUUAUUGUUAACGAUUUCUUAGUCACAAAGAAAUAAGAAGAUACUUUUUUAAGGUUGGGGGUGGGGGGGGUGGGAAGGCCUUGAAGAGAAAAAUUAGUCUAAAUUAAAACAAAUUUUUUUUGAAUAGCAUUCUCUAUAUUCAAUGCAAAACGUUGUAUGUUUAUACAUUCAUUGAUUUCACUCUCAUUUUUCCCAGGGAUUUAAUUUCACUCAACAAUUACCCCAGGCUGAAAUUUCCCUCAAAUUUGAUGUUUUUACGGUUCCUGGUUUCUCUCUGAAUACACGAGUAAAUCUUAAUUGUCAAUUAAAUCAAAUACAACCAGGCAAUUGACUGUUGUGUGAACAAAAAAUAAAUAACAUUAAAAUAAAUUUCUCCAACGUAAGUCUUGAACUGCAUUUUGGUCAGUUACAAAAAUGUAGAGGUUUCUAUUAGUUCCAACCUAAUUAUUUUGUUUUAAACUUUAUGCAUCAAACAACAGUUAAGUUUGGAAAACUAAAUUCUUUGCAAAAUUAUUGAUAACCGUUUUUUAUUUUUGACCCCGUCAAGGAGCGUGUAGAUUUUCGCAGUUAAUAGUUUUUCUUGAAAAAGUAUCUUCUUUAAAAUAAGAUUUGAAAAGAUUUAAUGGAGAACCUAGAAUAGAUUAAAACGACCAGAUAAUAACAUUUUAAAUUAAAAACCGCUAGAACCAAAGUUAACUAAAAAAACCUAGUCGCCAUAUCAAAAAUCGGUGCUUUGUAUUUUUAAAACGUAGGUUCCCAUUUUGCUUUAAGAAGUGAAGGGUUAAGAUUAUUUUAACUUACAAGCUUCAAGUUCCUGUGUAACCCGUCUAAACGUGCGAAACCCGAAUAAAAUAAUCCGCGAAAAUAAAUUUUAAAAAUCCAUGGUUUGAAUUGCAGGAAGAAGAUUUUCAACCUUUGGUUCAUCUUAACCUUUCACGAAGCUUGGAUUGGUUAUAGGAAACCUUGGUGCAUAUACACGUUCAUAAAAAUAGGGAAGGGGGAGGAGUGAACUUGACCGGGUUGGGGUAAGCGAUUCUCUUAUUGUAUUCAAACUUGCCCCCCCCCCCCAUCCCACAAAAUGUCAUUGUUUUAGAAUGAUUUUUUGUUGCCUAUUUAUUCAUAUUUUUUAUUAUGAUUAUUAUAAAAUUCAUUUGAUUGCCAAUGCUCGGCAUUUUAUUUGUUUUUAUUGAUUUGAAUUGAGCCUAAUGUGACAAAUGGCCAAUAUUAUUUUAAACUGUUUGUGAUAUAAAAUAGUUACAUAUUUUUAAUUUAAAAUUUUAUUAUAAAUUUUACUCCCUAAAUUUAAAAGAUUAAUUUAUGGCAUUUAAAACUGUAUCAAAAUAGCAUUUGCACAUGCGAAAUGGGACCAUUUCCGUUCCUUUGUAUUUACUUUGAUUACUUUUUGUUUAAAUAUAUUUGUGAUAUUAUAUGUCAAUGUGUUGCUUCUGUUUUUUUAUGCACGUUCAAUUUGAAACCUUAAGACUUGAAAUCAAGAAAUAAAAAAAAACUGUAAAAAGUUUUAUUUCACGUUUGAACAUUCCAUAUUUUAAGUAUUAAUUGUUAAAAAAUAUACAGUUGUAUUUGAAUCAAGGAGUAUAAGUUUAAAGUUUUCGUUUGAAACCUGCUCCAGGCGUAAAGUAUAUACAUGAGAAGAGUGCGCUCUAUCUUUACUCUACACUAUUGCA